UGGUGGUAGUUGUAACCAGCGACCAGCAAACUUUGCCCGGGCCGACCUUCUGGAGGCGGGUAGCGUCUACAAAACCUCCGGCGAACCGCUUCGCAUUACCAGCGAACCGUGGGCUCUCGUUUCGCUGCGAAAAACCGCACCGAAAGUCGAGAGCAGCGUGAGACGUAAGCUGAAGAAGAGGGAGGAAAGGGAAGAAGAGGAAGAAGAAGAAGAAGCAGAAAAACAGAAACACAAAACAGUGGCCCGAUAAACGCGGGGUGGGGCGGGUAGAAGAGGUGAACAAGAGUGGGGGUGGGGAGAGAAAAAAGAAAAACGAAGGAAAAACGAAGCUCUCUUGGAGGGAAGUGUUACGCCCGUAAAUAAUUGGACAUCAACAUAACCAAGUGCCGCCCGCCCGCGUGUGUGUGUGUGGUGCGCGCGUGUGUGUGUGUGUGACUGCUGGCAGGACAGUAAGGGGAGCCAGCGGCCGUGUCUCCAAUCAACCCACAAUCACCCACACCAGCAUCCGGUUUGGUGCUUCCUUCCGGUCGCCGAUGACGCACCCGGCCAUGGCCGGUGCCGGUGUCACCCGUGACGCCUGGCGGAUGUCCUUGCGGUGCCGCACCACCACCGGUCAGUAGACCGGCAAGCGAUCCCACGAUUCGGCCAUCCGGGGACCAUGUCCGACAACGAGCUCGACCGGACGUUGGUGUUGCCGGAGCAAUCGCUUGGUUGCGAUCCGUACACCGCCCUACCCGUGGCCGAUUCCUCCAUCUCGACCAUCAUACCCUCGCAACCGGUCGGUCCGCCUGGACCAAACCCCUGGCAGGCGUCACAGCAACCCACGGUUCCGCUGCUGACCGGUCGCCAACCGGAACAAGCACCACAGGAGCAGUUCCGGUGGGCGGGCACGGAGACACCAGCGGGUGGUCCGCUUCCGGCUUCCGGUCGGUUGCAGCUGUUCCGAUACCCAAAUGCAUUCGCACGCCACCUGCAAGCCACGAUCAACAAGCAUGAACCGAAACGCGCCUGCACGUCACUUCCGCUUUAUCUCAGCAAGGUGAGUGUGCUGGAUGUAUUCGACCAACCGGAGGAAGACCCCACGCGGAGUGACCUGUGCUCACCUGUUCCGCGACCUGGUAUGGAGUAUGUGCCAUUGAGGACUCCAGCUGCCGAGACGUACCACUACCAUCACGUCACCGAUCAAACAAAGUCACUACAGGAUUUGCAGAAUGAAGUCGCCGCUCUGCUGGAGUUCCGCGAUCUGGUUAUUGAAACCUUUCCCGAUCUUAAAUCAAAGAUGGCUUCCUCAGCGGCGAACAGCACCCUCACCGGCAUACCAUCGUCCUCAUCCCUCGGGAGUCGCCGCGAGUGGGAACCGGGAAUACGGAUCCGGCGCAAACUAACGCAAAAAGAUCCAAGUGGCGGCGCUAGCGUGGGUUGCGUCGAUGUUGGUGGCAGUAUAUCAGGUGGCAGUACCGGACCCACCGGAUCCUCCACGGGUACGAUCGCGGGUGUUAGCGGUGGUGCGAACGGCACGUCAGUGGUCGCAAUCGGAACGACCACCGCGAAUGGUAACCCAGCCACGGCGAGCCCGUCCGUUGCCUCCUCGACAUCAUCCUCGAACGCCAACGCGACCGAGCUAAACCAUCAUCCCCAUCAUCAUCACCACACGCAGCAGCACGGUAGCAGCGGCAGCAGUAGUGGCAGCAACCCGCAUCAGCAGCACUCGUCGUCCUCGCUGAUCCGCAGCCGAAGCAACUCCCAUAGCGGUAAGAAGGAACCAAAGAGCGGUGAAGGCAACAACGGUAGUGUGAUACAAGAUUCGGGCUUCUCAACCGAAACGUCCUCCUCGAAGGAGACGCACAGUGCGGCGUCCUCGACGAGCGGUGCCGUACAGGGCACGCUCAUCCUGUCCACGACGGCCAACCGACUGGCGGCGGAAACCGGCGGGGAACUCUGGAACCUGCUCGAUGUGAUACACCGGAAAAGCAGCCGACUCCGGGAGGAGGUCGAGCAGCACCUGGAGCGGGAGAAAACUAGGGGAACCAAUUUAGCAAUUAAUAACCAUGCGCCACCGGUUCAUCACCAUUCGGCGGUGGCGGUACCAAUUCCUACGCCCGCCACCGGCGGAACCCUGCAUCACCAUCACCAUCCGGCGGCCGGUACCGGUGGUAACAUCAUCAUCCACCACAGCAACCCGGCCACGGCUUCGGUGGCUCCCCAUGGCACGUCCGGUGCCACCGUCGUCGUGUCAGCGGGUACCACCGCCGGUAAAAACUUCCAGCGAGCGCUGCUGGCUGAGGAACAUCAUCAUCAGCAGCAGCAGCACCAACCGGGUCAGCAGGCGGGUCAGCAACAGCAGAGUGGUCGGUCGGGAAGCGUCGCGCUUGCCGACGGCAAAGACCACAGUGUACAAAUCCUGCGCAAGGAGCGCGACCGGCUGCUGGAUAAGCUGUCCGAGUACGAGGCGGAAACGAUCGCAAGCCGCAUCCAGACGGCGAAGAUGCAGGACGAGCUCGAGCUGCUCACGCUGACGAUGCGCGACCUGCAGAAGCAGCUCACGGUGGCCAACAGUCAGAAGCUUGAGCUGAGUAGUAAACUUAAUGAUCUCCAUCUGCAAACUGUAAAUAGAAGUGCGCCUAGUUCACCCGAGUCAAUUAAGCUCCGUCAGCCGCCGGUACAGGCGCAUCAGCAGCAGCAAACAUCACCGCAUCUACUUAAGUCGAGCCCGCGCUACCGUAAAUCCCCACAAGACGAUGAGGCGGUGACAGAGGGCGAACUGGGAACGCCGGACGGUUCACCAGACGGUGCGACGGACCGGACGACGACGGAACAGGCCGCACUCGGUCGGUUGGAUGGGAUGCUGGGAAUGCCCCGGUUGCAGAAGGUGCGCUCGCUCGACUCGAAGAAGUUCGCCGCCAUCCUGCUCGAGACGAACAUCCUGGAGCUGCAGCGCCAUCUGUUGACGGUGACGGUACAAAACCAGCUACUACAGCAACGGUUGGACCAAGCCACACGGUCGCGCCUUUUCCUCAGCGAGAAGUUCGAAAAAUCGAAAGAAGACCUCGACGACCUCCGGUUUCAGCUGAAGGAAAAAUCGAUCGAACUCGAGGGCACGAAGGCGCAACUGCGCGUGAUCGAAUCGAAAUCGACAAGCAAAUCGUCGCCACCAUCAGCCACCGGUAGCCCGGAACGUGUGUCCGGUACGGCUUCACCACCACCACCGACGGCACUGAUGUUACCACACGCGCAUCCCCACCACCACCACCACCAUCACCAUCACCACCACCAUCAGCUCCAGCAGCUUGCGAUGCGCUUGCAAUCCUCGCAGGUGUCCACACCUUCGAUGAAAGCGAUGACACCGGUCGCGAUGGAUGACAUCGCACAGCAGCAACAGCACAGCAGCAGCACGGAAUCGGCACAGGAUCAAACCGAACGGGACAGCAUAGGUGGCGGUCGGUUGCAGCAACUUCACCAGCAACAGCAAGCUCCCGAAACGCCCCGUCGGCGACCGUCCAAAAUACCGCUUCCGGGUACGAAAGGAUCGGCGGCUCCUAAGCCACCGACCGGGCGGAACUUCUCCGCCACACCUACCCCAACCACACCGACGAACCCGGCACAGCGGCCACUCGGGGGUAGCGGAUCUUCCGGGCCACCCUCGAACCGUAGCCUAACCAAAAGCACCGGCAGUCUGUACGUGAAAUCAACCGAUUCGAGUUCGUUCGGUCACCAGCAGCAGCAACCGGGUGCGGUGGCUCAUUCCCAGCCAACCGGAACCGGAAAGCAGACGCGUGAAUCGAGCACCAGCAGUGGCAGCUUGUACCGGCCAGAUUCGGCUCAAAGCUGGCGGACGAGCAAGGACACGCCGUCGUUCGAAAAGCUGCGCUCAUCCUCGAUACCCAUCUCGGCCGGGAAGGGCCCAACGACGACGACGACGACAACCCCGGCGGUGAAGGGUUCCGCCCUGUUGCCACCACCACCGGUUCCGCCACCGGUUGGUUAUGGUGGUGCUGCCGUUUGCUCCUCGCCGUUGCCACGCGCCAAGCGCGAUUCCCUCACCAGCAAGGUGAAGAACUGUGAUUCCCUGUCCCGGUUGCAGUCGGCGCAGGUGUCGCCCGGGGCGUCGAGCGGUCAGCUUAGCAAAUCCGGCUCGAAGAAGGAGCUGAGUGGGCUCGGUGGUGUCACACCGACGGGUGGCACCGAGCGGAAGAUGACCCCGACCGGGGGAGGAGGAGGAGGAGGAGGGGGUGUGUUGCGGCACGCAUCGAACGCUUCCCUUGGCUCCAAUGGGGGUCCACAGGACGAGGUGUCCACACAGUCGACCGGAAAUGGGAGCAACACACCCAGCAGUACCGGAAGUAACGUCAAGGCGGCUCGAAGAAGCAACACAUUCCGAGUAGCAAAACCGACCCUCAUGCCGCUGGACGUGCCUCAUCAUCCCGUUGUUGGAAGUAUCACCUCACCACCGCCUCCCCUGCCCGACAUUGCGUCCGCCACCCCGGACACGGUGCGGGCGGUCGGUGGUGUGCGUGUAAGAUCCCAAACCUCCACCGGAAGCGUGACGAUACGAACCGGAACCACGACCACCGUCCGACAGGCCAGCUCCACAUCCGCCCUGUGUCAACCAACGCACGAUCUGAUCGGUGAAUACCUGGCAGCGAAGAAUCGUGCCACUCAGCAGCAACAGCAGCAGUGCUCGAUACCUCCACCAAUAUUUCACGUCAGCCCUCAACGGCAACAUCAGCAGCAUGAAGAACACCAGCGGCAGAUUGAUGAGCUGGCGUACAAACACCCACUGCUGCUGAUGGACGAUCCUGACGAUGAGGACGAUGAGGAUUCCGCUGAUGUGGAGCUUGCGGAUGAAGCGAACGCAACGCCGGAGUCACUGAUCGUGCCAAGGACGAAGCUGGUGGCGUUCCAGUCGCUCAAGGAAGCCGAACCACACGACGGUUCAUCGCCCGGUUGCCGAUUGGUGGGGAAAAUCAAUCCACACAUCCUGAAAACGUGGGAGCAACUGAGCGGUGCCAGCCAGGAGGAGAGUCCGUGUGGGCAGCAACGCCGGUCAGCAUCAACCGGGCGGAUCCUGACCACUCUCCCGACCGUGGUUGGGUUGACAACCAGCAGCAGUACCGGUACGCUCGCGUCGGAAAGCGAAAGCACGGAGGAAGACCGCCAAAGUUGUCUGCUUUAUUGCCCUCAACCACGCCGGUACGUUCUGCCGGGUGACGAUCUGCCGGGUGAUUUCCACGUCAACCGGUUGGUACAUCCGGUGGCCAACUCACACACCAACACGUCCGUGUCAAUCGCUCGCACGACCGGUACCAGCUCGUCGGAUGGGGUCGAUUUCUAUGACAGCAUUGACGCGGUGAGCACGUGCGUUGUGGAAUCCGGAACACGCCACCAUCCAGCACCGGUGUUGCCGGUGGCUGGCCGGCCUCGGAAUGCACCGGAUGAGGAACCGCUCAGUACGGCCGGUGGUGAGGGAUUGGCCGAGUUGACGUCACUCGAUCGGAAGCGCAUGCUUUGGUCGAUUGGAAUCGAAUGA